GCGCCGACGCUGCGUGCGGCGCGGGUUACCCAGAGUGCUCAGCGCGGGGGCAGCUCACUGGAGUUUGGUUCUCGAGGCGGCGGCGGUGUUGGCGGCGGCUCCUCCGUCGGCUCCUCCUCCUCCUUCCUCGGCGGCGGCGGCGGCGGCGGCGGCGGCCCGGGGCCCGAGCUCCGGUCCCCUCCGCUUCCCUCCGUCUUCCGCCAUCUCCCCGAGCGCCCCGACCUCCUCCGGCGCCGCGGGGAACAUGCGGCUCCGUUCCCGGAGGCUGGCGAGUGACUGACCCGCGUCCCCCCGCCUCAGCCCGCCCGCCCGCCGGCCCGGCCGCUCCCCCCCGCUUCGCCCAGGCAAUGACAGCGGCUCCGGCGUCUCCGCAGCAGAUGAGGGACCGGCUGCUGCAGGCCAUCGACUCCCAGAGCAACAUCCGGAACAUGGUGACAGUAUUGGAAGUGAUCUCCAGCCUGGAGAGAUACCCCAUCACCAAAGAGGCACUGGAGGAAACACGACUGGGGAAGCUCAUCAACGAUGUUCGCAAGAAAACCAAGAACGAGGAGCUGGCCAAACGAGCCAAGAGGCUUCUGCGGAGCUGGCAGAAGCUCAUCGAGCCUGUGCACCAGAAUGAGGUGGCACUACGGGCACUGGCAGGAGCUGCAGGCUCUGCCAAUGGAGGCGCACACAACUGCCGGCCAGAGGUGGGAGUGGCCGGUGCCCCCAAGAGCAUCAAUGACCUGAAGAAUCGGAAUGACAUCCAGAGGCUCCCUGGGCAGCGGCUAGACAGGUUGGGAAGCCGUAAGCGCAGGGGAGACCAGCGUGACCUGGGCCACCCGGGGCCACCCCACAAAGUUUCCAAAGCCAGUCCUGACCCUCUAGUCCCCAAUGCAUCCCCUCUCCCCACCAACGGGAUCAGUGGGAGCCCAGAGAGCUUACCCAGCCCCCUGGAUGGCAGUGGGCACAUGAGCCCUGACAGUAGCCGCCUGGAGCCCAGCGAGAACGAGAAGCACAGCAGCAAGAUCCCCGUGAACGCCGUGCGGCCGCGUCCCAGCUCCCCUGGCCUAAGCAAGCCCCCCGUGCCCUGCCUGCAGACCAAAGCUGCGCAGGUGCAGCAGCUGGACAGGGUGGAUGAGCCGCCAGGCCCUCCCCAUCCCAGGGGUGCCUCUCGCUGCUCCUUCAGCCCCCGGAACUCACGGCAUGAAGGCUCCUUUGCCCGGCAGCGGAGCUCGUACACACCUAAGGGCCCCGUGUCCAGUCCCUCCCUACGCCCCCAACCACUGGACACCACGCAGGUGCCGUCCCCACUCCCACUGGCUCAGCCAUCCACGCCCCCUGUGCGGCGGGUGGAGCUGCUGUCCAGCGCUGAGAGCCCUGUGCACUGGCCAGAGCAGCCCGAGGGCCACCCGCGGUUAACAGGGCCAGCCUGCAGGGUUGGGUUGUCGCCAGAUUCCUCCAAGGCAGACAGUGAUGCUGCCUCUUCGGGCGGCUCGGACAGCAAAAAGAAAAAGAGGUACCGACCUCGAGACUACACGGUGAACUUAGACGGGCAGGUGGCUGAGGCAGGCGUCAAACCUGUGCGGUUAAAAGAGCGGAAGCUCACCUUUGACCCUAUGACAAGACAGAUCAAACCUCUGACCCAGAAAGAGCCAGUGCGGGCCGACAGCCCCGUAUCCACAGAGCAGCCACCUAGGACAGAGCUGGACCAGCAAGAGGCUAAGGCCAGCCUCCAGAGUCCUUUUGAGCAGACGAACUGGAAGGAGCUGUCACGCAACGAGAUCAUCCAGUCCUACUUGAGCCGCCAGAGCAGCCUGCUGUCAUCGUCGGGGGCGCAGACCCCGGGCGCGCACCACUUUAUGGCCGAGUACCUGAAGCAGGAGGAGAGCAGUCGGCGAGGGGCCCGGCAGCCCCAUGUGCUGCUGCCACUACCCACGCCCACUGACCUCCCCGGGCUCACUCGAGAGGUCACACAGGACGAUCUGGACAGAAUCCAGGGCCAGCAGUGGCCAGGGGUGAACGGGUGUGAGGACACACAGGGUAAUUGGUAUGACUGGACGCAGUGCAUAUCGCUCGACCCGCAUGGUGACGAUGGGCGCUUGAACAUUCUGCCUUAUGUCUGCUUGGACUGAGCAUCUGGCCUGGCCAUCAAGUGCAUUCCCACCUUGCAGGGGCUAGGCUGGCCAGCCAGGAGGGCGGGCACAAGGCUCGCUCUCCACCCUCCUUUUGUGAAAUGCUGCUACCAGUUUACUAACGAUUGCAAAGGAAGGGCUGCUCGGAGGGCAGACGGCAGAGGGAGUCCAGAACUAUAGUAAGCCAGCUAUGAAGCGUUAGUCCCCCACCCCAGAAGUGGUGCGGAACCCCUCUAGCACCGAAGGCGGGGACCUCAGUGGCAGGCAGGCACAGGAACCCUGUGGGAGAGGUUACCUUAACAGCAACAGACGCACAUCUCAUCUUUGCAUCUCCUGCUCUUUGGCUCUGGUAUGUCUGAGGUACAAGCCACUCUCCGGCCUCUGCCAAGCCAGUGUUUUCUUUUCCCUCGUGUUGUGCGCUAGAAGCUUCUCUGCUGUGGUGAGCCCUGGCAUCGGGCGGGUGGGCCAGCUUCACCCACACUGCACAGGUGCCCACCCAUUUGUAUAUGGUUUCAGUUCAACCCCAGUUCUUAAAGAAAUGCUGCAGAAACUUCAGUUUUCUCGUUUAUUUCAUCUUUUUCCACCUGACCACCAGCCAAAUGACUUCCUUUCUUCCUCUUUUCUUCUUCACAUCUCUAGAAAAUAUCAUCUUUCUAGAGCCCCCAACCUCACAAAGUUCCCGAGGGUGCUACUGGAGUGAGUUGCCCUGCUGGGCCCUCGAGGGGGAGCCGUCUGUUCGCUGGAAACACUCAUAACCAUUCCUUUAGAUUCGUUUGCCUUAUGGUUGUCAUAAACGCGAUUUGCAAAAACAAGGAGCCUUAGUGAAUGUACAGUACCUAGACUUCUGUGUCAGCGCAGAAGGGAGCAACUUUGCUAUUUGGUCCAGUAAGUGGACACCUUGUGAUAUAAAUGUGGAAAUAAAAAAAAAAAACAUUUGCACAAACCAGUUUUGGAA